AUGAUGGUAGGUUACGUGAAGCUACUAGGAAGACCUCUAUUGGUGCUGGAUCGUCGUUCUAAUAAUUGUGUUAACGGUUUGGUCCUUAGGACAAAACAGAACAGCGAUAACGGCGGCAGUUUACGGUUUGUUCAUCUUACUGCUAGUGAAAACGAAGUUCAUUUUGAUUCGAACUGGCCUUCGGACAACCAACCCAAAACCCCCUACAGUUUAUUUCAACUCACGGAGUCUUCGUUUACCAAGGCCCUGUUGAAAAAGAGAUUCCAUGAGUUAGCAAGACUAUAUCACCCAGACCACUCCGCAAAUAAGGCUAUUCUUAAACGCAACAGAAACACGGAGUUGACGUCUUCAAGCGUUCACCAAAAUCUUUUAACAUCAGAGGACAAGAUUCAGCGUUUUAAGAUCAUCACAGAAGCGUACGAAUUGCUAAAAGAUCCAAAAAGGAAAAACCAAUACGAUAGGCUAGGACUAGGAUGGGCAUAUGGUCCUAGGAUCCAGAGCCCAGCUCAGAGAUAUGAACAAAGUUCAAGGUAUUAUAACGCGGGUACUUGGGAAGACUAUUCUGACCUACGAAACGAUGACAAGCAAGAUAUUGGGCCAAUGACAAUGUUAAUAUGGUUCUUCGGAAUAUUUGGAAUCAUCCAAUUAACAUCGUUAUUAACGCGUUGGGAAGAGGCUAUGAAUAAGACGAAUUUCACACAUGACGAAACAGAAAGGGAUUUAACUCUUGCAUACAUUAAUUAUGGUCUAGAUGAAGAUAAGUGGUCUAGGUUACGCCGUUUUUUAUGGUUCAGAACGUUUGGACUAUAUAGAAAUAAGGAAGAUUUAGAUCGAGAGGCUAAAAAGAAUGAGGCGAUGAUCAAUGAGUUGAAAAACAAGUAG